AUGAGUUCUAUUGUGAAUGCCGCAGCUGAUGUCAUAUCUGGAACUGCAAUUGCCGCUGCCAGCUCGCAGGUAUCAUGGUUUAUCCCCAUGUUGGUAGCGGCGAUUGCCUACUACCAGUUCGACCAGACAGAUCCAGAUGGUAGGCCAGCAGACGUUGAUGAUUCCGUGAUGCUGCCGGAAUAUGACUUCAUUAUAGUCGGCGCAGGAUCCGCUGGUGCGGUAGUUGCGAAUCGUCUCUCAGAAAUAGAACAAUGGAACAUAUUACUGAUCGAAGCUGGCGGAGAUGAAACAGAGAUAUCUGACGUCCCUCUCAUGGCGGGAUACCUCCAGCAAAGCAAACUAGACUGGCAGUACAAAACUGAACCACAGCAAACUAGUUGUUUAGCCAUGGAAGGUGGUAGAUGCAACUGGCCUCGUGGAAAGGUGCUUGGAGGCAGCUCUGUUUUGAACUACAUGUUAUAUUUAAGAGGGAACAAGAAAGAUUAUGACAUAUGGGAGUCUUUCGGCAACAAGGGUUGGGGAUACAAAGACGUGUUGUAUUACUUUAAAAAAUCUGAAGACAACCAGAAUCCUUCCUUGGCUAAGACUCCCUACCAUAUGACAGGUGGAUACCUGACAGUUUCCGAAGCACCCUUCAACACUCCUCUCGUAUCGAGUUUCAUCGAAGGAGGAUUGGAGUUAGGGUACCCGAACAGAGACAUAAACGGAGAAUUUCAAACUGGAUUUAUGAUACCACAGGGGACAGUACGCAAAGGAAGUCGUUGCUCAACUGCCAAAGCCUUCCUGAGGCCGGCGAAGGAUCGACCAAACUUGCAUAUCGCUAUGCACUCGUUUGUCACAAAAGUUAUGAUAGAUCCGAGAUCGAAAAUCGCUUUUGGUGUAGAGUUUGUUCGCAACAAAAUGGCAUAUCGAAUCAGAGCACGAAAGGAAGUAAUAUUGUCUGCAGGUACAAUUAACUCUGCCCAAUUGUUGCUCUUGUCCGGAAUCGGGCCGGCCGAGGAAUUAGCGAAACAUCGUAUACCUCUAAUUCAAAACCUGAAGGUUGGACAUAACCUUCAAGAUCACGUCGGAUUAGGAGGUUUAACGUUCAUGGUAAAUAAACCGAUAUCUAUUGUCGAGAAGCGACUUCAUACCGUAAGUACAUUAAUGCAGUACGCCAUUUUUGGCGAGGGUCCAUUGACUAUACUCGGCGGAGUAGAGGGGCUAGCGUUUGUCAACACCAAGUACGCGAACGUAUCGGAUGACUUCCCGGAUAUUGAGUUUCACUUCAUUUCCGGCUCAGUGAACUCUGACGGUGGAGAGCAACUGCGGAAAGCGCACGGAUUGUCGCAGAAGUUCUACGACGCGGUAUUCAGACCGAUAAACAACAUGGACGUAUGGAGCAUCAUCCCGGUUCUGCUCCGACCGAAAAGCAAAGGUUUGAUACAGCUGAGAAGUUCAAAUCCAUAUGAUUAUCCAUAUAUCUUUACAAAUUACUUGACCGAGGAAAGCGACAUGAAGACAUUAGUCGAAGGUGUUAAGAUAGCGGUAGCUCUAUCUAAAACUAAGGCAUUUCAACGACACAGCUCCAUGUUGAAUCAGCACAUAUUUCCAGCGUGUAGACAGAUUCAAAAGUACACUGACGCAUAUUGGGAAUGUAUGAUAAGACAAUACACCAGUGCGUUCUACCACCCAGUGGGAACGGCUAAGAUGGGACCCUACUGGGAUUCGGAAGCCGUUGUCGAUCAUGAACUCAAAGUGUACGGAUUGAAAGGACUGAGAGUGAUAGACGGCAGUAUAAUGCCCAACUUAGUGAGCGGUAAUACCAAUGCUCCGAUCAUAAUGAUUGCGGAGAAGGGAAGUGAUAUGAUCAAAGAGUUUUGGCUGAAACGGAGGCGGUCAAGAUAUUACGCCUAG